CCGAGCAGCGGGCGCCUUCAUUCAUUCGCCGCCGCUUGGAGCGCGCACGUCCGCCUUUCGCGCGCGCCUGAGCUGUCCGGCCGCUGCUCUCGGAGUCUUUUCCCGCGUCGGGAAGGAAGCGGGGCAGGAACGUCCGCAAGUGAAUUCGCGGGAAGGAGGAGGAAAGGAAAGGAAAGGAAAAGAAAAGAAAAGAAAAGGAAAGGAAAGGAAAGGAAAGGAAAGGAAAGGAAAGGAAAGGAAAGGAAAGGAAAGGAAAGGAAAGGAAAGGAAAGGAAAGGAAAGAACACUCGAGCAAAGGAGAUCAAGUGGAUUUUUUGGAGCCGUUCCGCUGGGUUUGCCAAUGGCCAAAGGAGAAGGAGCUGAAAGCGUCUCAGCGGCUGGCCUCUUGCAACCGAGCAUCUUAAAACAAGAGGAGCUGAUCCAUUCCAAGAAAGAAAGCAAAGCAAAGCUAUCGAUAUGCAGCAAAGUGUGUUAUGCCAUUGGUGGGGCACCCUAUCAGAUCACCGGUUGUGCUUUGGGAUUCUUUCUCCAGAUUUACUUACUGGAUGUGGUGCAGAUGGACCCCUUCUAUGCAUCCAUCAUCCUUUUCGUGGGCCGUGCUUGGGAUGCCGUAACUGAUCCUCUGGUGGGUUUCUUCAUCAGUAAAAGCUCCUGGACUUGCUUUGGACGCCUGAUGCCCUGGAUUGUCUUUUCCACUCCCUUUGCUGUGAUCUCCUACUUCCUGAUAUGGUUUGUGCCUGACAUCUCUCGAGGGCAAGUGAUGUGGUACCUUUUCUUCUACUGCACUUUUCAGACCCUUGUGACGUGCUUCCAUGUUCCUUAUUCCGCCCUCACCAUGUUCAUCAGCAGAGAACAGAGUGAAAGGGAUUCUGCCACAGCCUACCGCAUGACAGUAGAAGUGCUUGGGACUGUCCUAGGAACAGCCAUCCAAGGACAGAUUGUGGGCAAAGCAGAUACACCAUGUAUUUCCGACCCACCCUUCUUGAACCCAAACUAUUCUUCAGUGGUCUUGGAGGAAGUCAACAUCACCCGUGACACUGGUUCGCUCUCUGACACGAGAAAUGCCUAUAUGAUUGCAGCUGGUGUGAUAGGUGGGAUUUAUAUUCUUUGUGCUACCGUUCUGUCGGUAGGCGUGCGAGAAAGGCAAGGUAAGACAACUGAAUCAGCUAACACCAUAUAUUAUUAU